CCGGCCUGCAAAGGCAGCGCCACGCCCCCACCUGCUUCCGCCUCUGCGCGGUGCUUUCUGGCCCCAGCGGCCGCCGUAACCCCGCCCACCAGGGAAACGGCGCUCCGACGCUGCCGUCGCCGGCAUGAAGCCCCCGCAGCGGCGGCGAGCGGCCCCGGAGCGCUAUCUGGGCGAGGUGACCGGCCCCGCGGCCUGGAGCGCCCGCGAGAAGCGGCAGCUGCUACGACUGCUGCAGUCGCGGCGGGGCCAGCCGGAGCCGGACGCCGCCGAGCUGGCGCGGGAGCUGCCGGGCCGGAGCGAGGCCGAGAUCCGGGACUUCCUGCGGCAGCUCAAGGGCCGCGUGGCCCGGGAGGCCAUUCAGAGAGUGCAUCCAGGUGGCCCCCAGGGUCCAAGGCGCCGGGAAACACAGACCCCGGCCCCCAUCGAGGUGUGGAUGGACCUGGCUGAGAAGAUCACAGGCCCGCUGGAGGAAGCCCUGACUGUGGCUUUCUCCCAGGUGCUCACCAUCGCGGCCACGGAGCCCAUCAGCCUCCUGCACUCCAGACCCCCCAAGCCCACGCAGGCCCGUGGAAAGCUACUGCUCGUCAGUGCCCCUGGAGGGCAGGAGGCCCCGGGCCCUGAGACCCCUGGCCCCACCCCUCAGGCUCCUGGUCCCACCCCUGGCCCCGCCCCUAAGACACAUGGCCCCGCCCCUGAGGCACCCUCCGAAUCCCUCGCCGGCCCCUUGGGUGAGGGAGACUUCACCGUCGACUUUGAGAAGAUCUACAAGUACCUGUCGUCCAUCUCCCGCAGCUGCCAGGGCCCUGAGCUUUCCGCAGCUGAGUCAGCUGUGGUCCUCGACCUGCUCAUGGCGCUUCCCCAGGAGCUGCCCCGCCUGCCCUGCGCUGCCCUGGUUGAACAUCUGGCGGAUACGUACCUGCGCCUGACGGCCCCCCAGCCCGACCCCACCAGUGGGAGCCUGGGGCCCGCGGCCGAGGCUGGUGGGACAGGCUCCAGGGGGCAAGAGGAGGCCGGCCAGACCACCCCCCAGGCCCCUGAGAAUGCCAGGCCCGGCGAGCCGAGACCCACUUGGCAAACAGCUGGGGUCUGUCCCCUGAACCCGUUCCUGGUGCCCCUGGAGCUUCUGGGCCAGGCGGCCACCCCUGCAAGGUGAGGGGCCCGCCCGGCAGAGGACACAGCAGACAUCCGUGAGCCCGCCGCCCUCAAUCCUGCUCGGGCUGACGCUGGGUUGUCAUGAGGAUCCGGUCAUAGUGGAAGGUCCU